AAGAAGCCAAGAGAAGGUUUAUAAACAUGUUAUCAGCACAUUCUCUGACAAUGGCAAUUAUUUUCACUUGAACAGAUGAACAGCUUGAUCCUAGAAGUGCCCUUCCUUUGUGUGUGACCAACCAGUUAUACUUAAUGCUUACGCAGUGGCUCCCAUCUUAUGCAACUGCAUACAAUGACUUUCAAUAAUCUGUCAAUGGAUGUCUUCAAUAAGUCAGUAAAUAUGACCUCAUCACUAAUAAAAUGGAAUGAAAACACAGUCCUUGGGCUUAAAAUAUCCUUGGCAGUUAUUUUGUCUAUAGUAACCUUGGCAACAAUUCUUUCUAAUAUAUUUGUAAUAAUUACAAUUGUUGUCACAAGAAAGCUGCAUAACCCUGCCAACUAUUUGAUAGGAUCUCUUGCAGUGACUGACCUAUUGGUGUCGAUUGUGGGGAUGCCACUUAGCAUAGCUUACACUGUCAGCAAGACAUGGUCUUUUGGCCAGAUAAUGUGUGACCUGUGGCUUUCAUCAGAUAUUACCUGCUGCACUGCUUCAAUUCUUCACCUGUGUGUUAUUGCCUUGGACAGGUAUUGGGCGAUCACUGAUGCUCUGGAGUAUACCAAACGCCGCACUGCAGGGAGAGCUGCAAUUAUGAUAACUGCUGUUUGGAUAAUCUCUAUCUGUAUUUCCAUUCCACCACUCUUUUGGAGGCAAGCAAAAGCCCAUGGAGAACUUAAAGAAUGUGCAGUAAACACUGACCAGAUCUUUUACACCAUCUACUCCACUUUUGGGGCUUUUUACAUUCCAACAGUACUUCUUAUAAUACUCUACGGUAGGAUUUAUGUGGCUGCAAGGUCUAGAAUUAUGAAUCCCCCCUCCUUAUAUGGAAAACGUUUUACUACUGCCCAGCUUAUAAGUGAAUCUACUGGAUCCACGUUUUGCUCCCUAAACUCAAAUCAUCAUGCUGGACAUGCUCACAUAUCUCGAUCCCCAUUUUUUAUGCAUCAUAUUAAAGUGAAACUUUCUGACAGUGUCUUAGAGAGGAAAAGAAUAUGUGCAGCAAGAGAAAGAAAAGCUACAAAGACUCUAGGUAUUAUUCUUGGUGCAUUUAUCUUCUGCUGGCUUCCUUUCUUUGUGGUAACCUUGGUCAUGGCAAUUUGCAAAGAUGCUUGUUGGUUUCAUCCUGUCCUUUUUGACUUGUUUACUUGGCUGGGAUACAUAAACUCACUAAUUAAUCCUGUGAUAUACACUGCUUUUAAUGAGGACUUCAAGCAAGCUUUUCAAAAACUAAUUCAUUUUAAAAGAUGCUCAUAACUACUAUAUUUUCAUGGAAAAUUCUGACUGCUGCACAGAGCAUAUGACUUUUAUGAUGGAAGGUACAACAAGUAACAACCACAAAUCUUUCUUUAAGAAAAACAUAAUUAUUUUGCCUACAAACACAGAGGGUAUUGUAUAUUCUAAUCACUAAAAUAUUUUAGCUGUGCAAAAAUAGCAUGCAGCUGUAUAUAAUUUCAGGAUGAUGGUUUUGCAUGUAACAGACUUUUAAGUAUCUUCAUCUCUAUUCUGAAUUUCAGAAAACAUAUUCUCAAAUUAUAAAUAUAUUAAAUUCCACAAGCAAAGAAUACUAUUAAAUCAUGAGAAUUUUAAAUACACAAGUAUGUUUUAGGGUGUCACCAUCCAAAAUAUUUAUUUUUUGAAAAAAAAUAUUACAGUGCAAUAUUACUUGCAUAUGGACAAUGCUUUGAUAAACUGUUUUAAUUCUAUGGGAAUUCUGUGAUGCGAUUGAACACAAAUACUGUAUUUUACCUGAAACAGAUUUUCCAUGUUAUGUAACACCUCAUAGUUACAUGAACUACUAUUUACAGGAUCAGUGUGGCAAAUGAUACCAUUCUGCUUAAUAGAAAAUAAUGGUUCCAAAAGCACAGAUUGUGUUUAACAUCCAAGCACUGUUAUGGUAGGAACCAAGACAGUUCUACCUAUGAUUAUAUCUGCUGUAUGCAACUUUGUCUGACUGUAUCUGCAUAGCUUAACUAAUUACAGAGAAGAAAAUCUGCCACUGAAAAAAUAAAUGAGUCAGUAACUACAGUAAUAGUAUCUUUGCCUGAAAGAUACACUUGGAUUCUUCACAGCACUUGGAUAUGUAAAAUUAUCAAACCAGCAGAUUAAGUGGCAGAAACAACAUUUAUUUGUACUGGUAUAAUUGUGACAGAUGCAGAGAUCUGAAGAACAGCAGUGACUUAAUAAAUGCCUGUCUUUUUUGACUUGAGCAUCAGACAAUAUCCUGCAUGUUACAACAUGUUCCAGAAAUAAAACAGAUGCUGGAUUAAUAAAG